GAAGUGACGUUGAUUGGGUCAAAGGUUAUUCUGCGCACCUCUCGUGCUCCAACGGGCAUCCUUUCGCGACAAAAACAAACUUAAACUCGUUUUAAGUUGAGGCUUUCCGUUCCGCAAGAUUCAACAGUGUUUUACCGUUUCCUUGGUGAACGUACCUGGUGUAUUGAGCCGAAGGGCUAGCCUGGCUAGCUUUUGGUUGGCGGCUGGGGGACCAGGAGAACAUGACCGGCUAAUUAGCUAACCGAGGUGUUUUGUUUCAUAGCGGGACUCGACAAAAACAUCGCCUUCAACCAUGCAGGAUUUACUGGCUAGCGCGGAUCACAUCAAGUUCGACCUGGAGAUUGCCGUGGAGCAACAGCUUGGGGCUCAGCCUCUGCCCUUUCCCGGCAUGGACAAAUCCGGGUCUGCCGUGUGUGAGUUUUUCAUGAGAGCUGCGUGCCUGAAAGGUGGGAUGUGUCCUUUCCGUCACAUCAGCGGAGAGAAGACAGUUGUGUGCAAGCACUGGCUCAGAGGACUUUGCAAAAAAGGAGACCAGUGCGAGUUCCUCCACGAAUACGACAUGACAAAGAUGCCUGAAUGCUAUUUCUACUCCAAGUUCGGCGAGUGUAGCAACAAGGAAUGUCCAUUCCUACACAUCGAUCCCGAGUCCAAGAUCAAGGACUGUCCCUGGUAUGAUCGAGGCUUCUGCAAACAUGGUCCCGACUGCAGGCACAGACACACAAGAAGAGUGAUUUGUGUCAAUUACCUCGUGGGUUUCUGUCCAGAAGGAAAAUCUUGCAAAUUUAUGCACCCUCGUUUUGAAUUGCCAAUGGGAGCCCCCGAGCAGCCUCCCCUGCCGCUACAAAACCAAAAUCAGACAAAGACGGGCUCCAUGGGCCGCUCGUCGUUCUCGGUCGUCCACCUGACCAACACCAGCCCGGGCCCACGGUCGCACAACAACUCUUCCAUGCCUGUGACUCAACAGAAUCAUCUCAUUUCCAACAGAGGGCCUCGACCGCUGGACCAGGUCACCUGCUACAAGUGCGGAGAAAAGGGCCACUACGCCAACAAGUGUAAUAAGGGCCAUCUUGCUUUCUUGAGUGGGCAGUGACCUUCAAGCUGGUGUCAUGAGAGCACAGGGAAGAUGGACAUUUUAUGGGUGGAUCGCUCAAAUGAAACGCCUAGAACAACCUGUGAUAUUUUUUCUUUUCCCUUCUGGUCAAUCUAAUCCUACACAGGAACAAAGAUUUACAUUGCUUCAAUUUGUAUUCUUGUCUUUUAUACAGUGUGGAGAAAAAAAAAGAUGUUUGUGCCGUACUUGAGUGGAGUUCUUGCAGACAAAGGAACACCUUAAAAAUGGUGUCUGAUUUCCAGUUGCUCUAUUGGUAGUGCCUAUGUUAGCCUUUGUGUACUAAGGACUUGGAGUUCCGGUCUAUUUCACUAACAGGUCAAACCCCCAAAAUCAUUCCCUUCCAGUCGACAACGGCUACACCGAUCAUUACUGGUUUCAUCCACUCAAAAGGAUGUCCGUGUAAACAUGGUGUGUGGACAAAUUCUCAGUGUGUAACUGUAAAUAAAUGUUCCAUCCUAA